UGUGAAAAUGAACGCUCGAUGCAUCGAUGCAGCGCGCGCCCGAACGACUCAUCCGCCGACGGGAGCCCGGCCCAGCUCGGGCGCUCGGCUCGCUCAUAAGAAGCGUCAGCUCUCGAUAGCUCGCGACAGGAACAUUUCUCACACGAUUCCCUGUCGAUUCGGGAGUCCACUUUAGCUGUUCCCCAGGCCUUUGAACUGCUUUUUUAUGUUUUUACAGUAUUGGCUUUCUUAGCUUAGAUCAGGCUGACAAUGGCUGAACAAAUGGGAGACAAUAAGAAACACACAUCUGGCCAAGAUGCUUCUGUCAAGAGACCAGACGUCCCAAUUCACAAGCCCCGUGAUUCUCUUUUGAGUAACUCGAGUGGUUUCAACAAUUACAGGGGUUUCCUCAAUCUCUGUAUAGUCUUAUUGGCUAUGUCCUCCAGCAGGCUGGUCCUUGAGAAUCUUAUCAAAUAUGGCAUUAUCAUGGAUCCUAUAAAGUGGUUCAGUGUAUUUCUACAAGAUCCAUAUAGCUGGCCAAACUUUACUCUUCUCAUACUUCUAAAUGGUUUCAUCUUGUAUGCUUUCUGGCUAGAAAAGCUAAUGUUGAAGGCAUACAUCCAGGAGAGGACGAUGACAGUCCUGGUGACGCUCAAUGUCAUGACUGUAUUCAUCUUCCCAGUUAUCGUAAUCCUCUACUAUAAACCUAACCCAGUUGGUUCUUUUGCCAGUCUGGGUACCUACUCCAUUGCGUUUCUGAAGCUUAUCUCUUAUGCUGCUGUCAAUAAAUGGUGUCGAGAUGCGCAAUCUAGCACCAGUAAGAAGAGUAAAAAGAGUGCCAACAGCAGUGAUGAUUCGUUGUCAAGGAACUCACCGAGAAGACAUUCCACCCCACAGCCCAGAAAGAGAGUCACUAACAGACGUAGGAGUGAGGGAUCAAAUGAAGAAGCUAAUGGAGAACAAGCAGAGCUUGUAGAAUAUCCAAAUAAUCUCACCUUAAAUGAUAUGUGUUAUUUCAUGAUGGUCCCAACCCUUUGUUAUGAGCUAAACUUUCCGCGAACAAAGAGGAUACGCAAGAGAUUUCUCAUUCGCAGAAUUAUUGAACUGGUUUUCCUUGUUCAACUGUGUUUGUGUCUUGUACAACAGUGGAUUGUUCCUACAGUUUUGAAUGCCUUGGCUCCAUUCACAAGUCUAGACACAAAGAGGAUGCUGGAGAGAGUAUUGAAGUUAGCGGUUCCUAAUCACAUAUGUUGGUUGAUAUUCUUCUACUCAUUCUUCCAUUCAUGGCUCAAUGUUUUGGGAGAGGUUACUAAGUUUGCAGACAGGAACUUCUAUCAGGAUUGGUGGAAUGCUGAAACAAUAUCAUAUUUCUGGAAGAAUUGGAACAUACCAGUUCAUAAAUGGUGCCUCAGACAUUUGUACUUUCCACUGCGUUCAAAGGGUGUUGAUCAACAGAAAGCUCAAAUUAUUGUUUUCUUAGUUUCAGCUAUUUUUCAUGAGUAUUUGGUGAGCAUCCCACUGCAGAUGUUCAGACUAUGGGCAUUCGGGGGUAUGUUGGCACAGCUUCCACUUGUCAAGUUAACAUCCAAGGUCAAAGGUCACUGGGGGAACGUCCUUGUUUGGUUGUCUCUCAUCAUUGGUCAACCUGUAGCGGUUCUAAUGUACUUUCAUGAUUACUAUGUCAUGCAUGCGGCCAUCAAUGUAAAUGGUACAUCCACUACACCGUAGGAAGAGCAUUAGUCAGUGUAGCAUUAAAAAUCAACAUCAGUAGAAGAAAUUGAUAUUACUGUGUUCCAUAUCACUAUUUGAUAUGCCCUCUUAAACAUCUCCAUAACCAUGCAAUGAUAAAAUAGUAAAACGUUUCCUUCAAGAAAACGGCAUUUGUUAAUACUUACGUCAUUUUCCCCUUAAGUGUCUUAUACACAAUGUGUUCCAGAGACAAAGAAAUACUAAGAAGGCAAGUCUGUUUUAACAUAUUUUAAUGAUUAUCUUUUUUUGCCCAAACUUCCAGUAUGUGUUUUAACCAAUCUUUACUCAAAGGUGAUAAUUGCAUCUACAAAAAUCUUACAAAGUGCUCUUGCCAAUAUUUGUAUUAAGAAACAGAAAAUUGUGACUUUCUAUUGGUAACUUCUGUCAAAUUUUAUUUUGUGCUUUAAAUUGAAUGUUGCAGUAUAUGUGUAAAUCGAAGUUCUUUAUCGGAAGCCCAUUUGGCAUAUUAGAAAAAAUAAUUCUCUAUAAGAAAAAUUACAAUUUUUUUUGUCUUUUAUUUACCCAAUGUUUUUGAGAAAAGUAUAAUGAGGGGAGGGGGGAGGGGGCUACCACGAUAGUCAAAAUAUGAUUUGACCUACCUGUAAUUUAAAUUUACUAACUUAAUAAUAAUAAUAUAAUAUAAUGAUAAAUGUAUAUAAAUGUAUGUUCUUUGAUGGAAGAGAAAUUGUAGAUGUAUAUUUUUUAGAUGACACUCAACUAGGUGUACAUAUACUAUAGCCUCUACAAAAGUAACAAUGAACAAUACUUGUACAAAUAUUUUCUUCAGUACUGUGAAAGUAAACAGAUAUUUUUUGUUCAUCAUUGUGAGUAAAUGAAGUACCAGUAGUAUAUUAUGUUGUAUAGCUUUUAGUGCUGGGUGUAAAAAAGAAUGACAUUUUUAUUACUUCUAACUCAAGCUUAGUAACUUGUAUCAGACUGAGGUUUGCAAAUUGUAAAGUUGGGGAUGUCAAUUUUUUCAAGGAAUUAAUUUAAUAUUAUUUCUUCAAAUAACCUUUUCAUUAUUAUUUUGUUUUACAUUUUAAAAUUUGACAUUAAAUUUAAAUUAAAUGUUGGUUAUAUUCAUAGGUUAAUUGUAG